UUCUCAGUUGAGCUUCAGUUUGAGUAGUGUGCGUUCGGUGUUCGGUGUUUCCCUCUUCCGUCCGGUGUUCGGUGUUAUCUGUAUCGGUGUGUCAUUGUUGUGUGCUAUUUUGCUAAAUUUGUUCAUUGAAAUAUCCACUCUGCGUCUGGUGAAUAGGAAUACUAUUUAGUAGUCACUUUUGUAAAUUUAAAUACGUAUUUACAAGAAUUUUAUAAUAGUCAAGAUUUGUUACCAAACUUUUACUCAGAGAGUGCUCUAGUUGUGUAGAACACUGAUGAUACAGUAGUGAGUGAAGACUGUGUUUUUUGUGCUGCUGAUUUAUCGAACAAAUUCAUUCAGAGGAGACCCGCUUUAUUUGGAAACAGUUUGGAAAUUGAGUUAGAGGAGUGGCAGGAGUAAACCAACCGAUGGUAGUGAGUGGCGACUGUUGAGAGUGUUCGGUUGAUUUGGUUGGCGUCGCGACGCAAGCAGCCGCCAUUUUGUUGUGACGUGAUGAAGACGUCGCCGUCGAUCAGCCCGGCUAGCCGCGCGACCGCCAAGUUCGUGCUUGUCGAACAGCAGCAGAUCGCUGCGGCGAACCGGGGCGGCAACGACCCGCCGCUGAAGACGGCCGAUCGGCCCGUGGCCGAGCCGCCAUUCGAGACCGCCAACGCUAAGGCGGCCAGCAAGAAGGACAAGAAAGAGAAGGAGAAACUCGAGAAGGAGAGUAAGAAGAAGAGCAAGGAUAAGGAGGAGCCACACAAGACCAACGGCGUUUCCAAAACUACGUCCGGUGCGAAGAUUAUUAAUAAAGGGAAAACAUAUUGUCAAAGCUGCAAGAAAAAAUGUUCUGGAGAGGUGCUCAGAGUGCAGGACAAAUAUUUCCACAUUGCCUGUUUUAAAUGCAAAGUGUGCAAGAACUCGCUGGCACAGGGUGGGUUCUUCUGCAAGGACGGCGGCUACUUUUGCACGAAGGACUACCAGACGCUGUUUGGCACCAAGUGCGCCAUCUGCGGCGACUAUGUCGAGGGCGAAGUGGUGUCGGCGCUCGGCAACACCUACCACCAAAAGUGCUUCACCUGCGCUCGGUGCAGGCAUGCAUUCCCCAGUGGUGAACGGGUGACGUAUACAGGGAAAGAGGUUCUGUGUGGAAAGUGUGUGCAGAUUCCUGUGCGAGAAGUUCAUUCAACGCAGUCUAGUCCAGUUAGUGCUUCAGCAACUGAUUGUGCGGGAUGCCGACAGGACUUGAAAGAGGGGCAGGCGCUGAUUGCCCUGGACAGACAGUGGCACAUCUGGUGCUUCAAAUGCAAGGAGUGCGGAGCCGUGCUGCAUGGCGAAUAUAUGGGAAAGGAUGGAAUUCCGUAUUGUGAAAAAGAUUACCAGAAACUAUUUGGAGUGAAAUGCGCCUACUGUAGUCGAUACAUAUCUGGAAAGGUUUUGCAGGCUGGUGACAACCAUCAUUUCCACCCGACCUGUGCGCGCUGCACCAAGUGCGGUGAUCCAUUCGGAGAUGGUGAAGAAAUGUACUUGCAGGGUGGCGCGAUCUGGCACCCGCGGUGCGGCCCGGGACCGACGGAGAACGGCACCAUUGUGAAUGGCGGCUCUGUGAACGGACACGCCACCGACACGGAGGCCGAGGCAGAGAGCACCAAGGACGGACGCGAUUUCGAUCGCAUCAGCAGUUCGGCUGUCAGCGAGAUGCAGUUUUCACUACGUUCUCGCACUCCAAGUCUCAAUGGAUCACUUUAUAGUCCUUACAAUAGCUUGAACAGAAAGUUCGGCACGCCCUACCAGCGAGCAGGCAGCCCUGGUCUAAUUCUGCGCGAAUACAAGUCCCCGAGCAGCCACCAGUACCCGGAGGACAUCAGUCGCAUCUACACGUACAGCUACCUGACCGAGGAGCCAACCACCAGCUACCUGAAGCGACCCAUCGACCCCUACGACAAGCCGCCCACAUCGCCGCACUUCCACCGGCCUGCCUCGGCGCACUCGAUGCGCAGUGGUAGCAAAUCGUCGGGCACACUGCGCAGCCAAUCACAGCACAGCCGGUCGGGCAUGUGUGUGCUGGUGGAGAGCAUCCGCAGUGAGACGCCCCGCCCCCGCUCCCCCCACCUCAACAACGAGGAGCCAAUCGGGUUGGCGCACUUCCCCGCCGGCCAUCCCCCCCCGCCCGGCGAGAAGCCCAAGAUUGAGCGCGACGACUUCCCCGCGCCGCCAUACCCCUACACUGAUCCCGAAAGACGACGUAGAUGGUCCGACUCUUACAAGGGUGUUCCAGAUUCCGAAGACGAAGACACAGUAGACACAACUAUGAGUAAAAAGGAAAUGACAGAAAUCAAAUUAAAGAAAGAAGAGGAGGAACUGAGUAAAAUAGCGACCGGAAUCGGCAAAGUGUUUUUGCAGAAUGUUCGCGAACGCGAAAAGCUACGCGCGUGGAAAAUGAGUCACAUCGACCCGCGCAAUGCCUCACGCACCCCCUCCGCCGCUAAGGAGCCCACCUACCGUCUGCGCUACCAGUCACCUGUCAACGCAUCCCCCUCGCGGAACCUGGACGCGCCCCGGCCCUGGGAGGAAGACGACGAACUGGAUCGUAGCUCAAGCUAUCGCUCGUCGAUGGGUCGAUCAGUCGGUGCCAUUCCCAGCUAUAACGUGGUGAGUGCCUUGAGGCAUGUGCCCAAGCCUGGCUACGGCCUGGCGCCACGCUCUCACACCUUCAGUUCGACAGCCGGCACCACCACACCUGGUGAUUUUUCAUUUAGUGGAUUAGGAGAGAAAACUCACAGUACUGAUUUCAGUAGCGGAAAAUCAGAUAUUUCUGGAGGCUCGAUAUCCGACGUCGACCGAAGGAUCCUGUCUGGUGAGAUGCACAGUUCUUCGACGUACACCGGCUGCUUAGGCUACCCUCCCUCCGCGUCCCCCCACAUCCGCCGCUCCCUGCCCAACAUGAUGGCCCCCGCCUCCAACGAACCCCCCAAAAUCUACCCCUAUCACCUGCUGCAAAUAUCCAACUACAGGCUGCCGGCCGAUGUUGACAGAUGUAAUCUUGAGCGACAUCUAUCUGAAGCGGAGUUCGAAACUCUGUUCCACUGCAGCCGGAUGGACUUCUACCGCAUGCCACAGUGGAGACGAAACGAACUCAAACGACGCGCCAGGUUAUUCUAAGCCAUUGCUUUGCCUCUCCACUUCAACGUCUUCAGCAUCACAAUAUUCACGUCGUUCGUUCCGGCUUACUGUGGCAUACCCUUAUAACAAACGUUUGCCAUAAUAUUGUAUCAAUAUCUUCCAUUAAAUAGAAUAUUGUAAUUUAAAGAUUAAUAGAUUAUCAUAUAUGAAGAACUGUAAAAGAAAAAUCAUAUAUUAUGUAGAAGAAUAAAUUAUUAAUCAAAUGAUGAUGUAAAAUUUGCUACAAAACUAUAUUUGAUAGACUUAUAAUAUUCAACCAAUUGCGGCAGCUAAGAUACCCUAGUUUUCAAAUUAUAUGAUGCAGCUGAUUUUUCAGUAUUGUUUAACAUAAAAGUUUAGUGGAUAUUGGUUUAUUUAAUCCUACUUUGUAGCUGCAGGAUAAUUUCUUUACUUGCAUUCUUCAACUACUUUAGCAGCCUAAAUUAAUAGCAAUUCAGUUGUGUAUUUUCUGAACAUAUCGAUUUGAAUAUAUUAUUUUUGAAAUAUUAAUUGAUAUUGAAUUGAAUGUUUUAUUCGGCAGGAUUAAUUUUCCACCGUAGGUAACCAAAUUCCUAGCAAUUGGAUUUUUAUUACUUGAUUUAAUUGUAUAAUUAUAAAGUUUUGAAUGUUGAUGUAAUUUGUAGUGAGCUGUGAAAAACUUAUUAUAUCAACAUGCUUUUAAAUGUUCUAAAAUCUGAAUUUAUUCCAAUUUCUACAAUUUUAAUAGGGAAAUGGAGACUAUAGUAGUUUCGAAUAACUUGGAUUGUUAUCAAUACUUCCUCUGGUAUUGCUCAGAAAAUAUUUAUAACAGUAGCCUAGCUAACUUUGUUAAUUAUAAAAGUCUAAACUUCUUUCUAUAACAGAUGAAUUUCAUCUACUUACAAUCGUGUCAUAUUUUAAUUCACAUUCUCAUGAAAAAUUAAAAAUUGAUUUAUUGUCUUUGAAAUCUACUGAACUACUUGUCUGAUAAGUUGUUAAUGAAGACUUCAUAAUUAUAGACUGAUUCUCAUUUAUUCAGAGAUGAACUAGAUCAAUUGAUAACUAAAAACUCUUGUCAUUUGACACGUAUAUUUUCCUGUUGAAGUUUAUAGUAAAAUGUAAUAAGAAAAAUUACAAUUUAGACAUAGAAUCUGAAACAAUAAGGUCACCAAGUUAUAUUUUAUUAAAUGAAUUUCUCAUACGAAAAUAAAUCAAUUUCUUAGAAUUAGAGAAUCACCCUCUCAUAAUUUGGUUUCUAGAAUUGAAUUGAAAUGUAAUUGAAAAUGGUGCUAACAUUAAGUGGGAUUGGAAAGUCUCAUUUAAACUUUGAAUGUUCGUCAUUGUCAUCUUUUAAAUAUUUUUAUUUCUAGAGAUCAAUCGAACUAUUUGACAUGUCGAUCCUUUCAAAUAAUAAUACCUACCAUAAGAGAUCCAUGAAUCUUGGAAUUUGUUGAGAAUUCUUUACUACAUAUAUGAUUUCAAAAUCUGUCAGUUUCAAAGCAUUGUCUAUGAAAGACAAAACGUCUGCAAAACAUUUUCUAAAUUAUUAAUUCAUUUAUUUAGACUGACGAGUUUCAAGCAGUUCUUCCACUGCCAUAUUUACUGAUAAAAUUUUAUGUACUACAAUUCCAGCUCGUUAAAAAUUCAUUAAUAAAGUUGGAACUGGCAAGGCUUUGUACAAUUUUCUAAUGUUACAUUGUAAUCGGAAUGGAGUAUAUAAACAGUAGGCUACUUCAUCCUCUCUGCUUUGGAGCGUUGCUAUAAUAAUUUAUUAUGAAUAUUCAACUGUAAAUAUUAUUUCAAUAUGAAUAAAUCGUUAAUGAUUAGUUUGAUUGUAUUAUUAUUAAGUAAUAACAUUGUAGUAUUGUAAUAUAAUUUACUUUAGGGCACAUUAUUGAAGCAUUUAAUUCGUCGAGCUGUGUAAUAUCGUUUCAAAUUAGCUUUGGCGGCUUGUAUAAACUUAGUAUAGUUGACUCAAUAUUUUUAUUAUUUGCUAAUAAAUUAUCAUACGAUAAUUUGUUGAAAAAAUGUUGCUUUCUAUCUCUUUGGUCUUUAACUUUGGUAGCUAUUUUACAACUCGGUUCUCCUGGGAACAACGUGAUAAUAUCCUACGAUGAGUUAUUUUAUUGCUAAGUUAUUAAAAUUGUGGAAUAAUUACAAUGAAAACAGUAGAAUGAGUGACCUCAAAUUGGUAAGGAAAACUCAAUUUGAUCCUAUUUUUGUUUGAUAUCUUUUGAGUAAGUAAUAUUGUGAAAUAUUAAGUUUGAUUAUGACUUCAUUUUAGUUUCCUUAAAACUGCAGCUAUAUUUACGUUACAACCAGAUUAUUUUAUCAUCCCACAUAUUAUUAGAGUAUAUUGCCUCUAUGUAUAAUAUUGACGGCAAUUCAUAGCUAUUCAAAUUUAAUCCUUAUAUUUUAACAAGAGAUAAUCUCUAAAUCAUUCAAGUUAUUAAUAAUUUUGCGAUUUUUAAUUUUAUUGAAUAAUCUAACAAUGAUUUUAAUUUUAUUAGCCUAUCAGUUGGUUGGAUUUCAAUAUUGGUAGCUUAUUAUUUUUUAUAUACUGGUAACUGUAUGAUUCAGUGGUAACUAAUUGUAAGUUCUUCUCAAGAAAUUGAAUGUUAGCUCAAGUAUUAUGUUUCAUAUUAUAUCUACAGAAAUUAUUCUCAAUUUUGUAACAUUUAUUUUCUAUCAUACGGAAUAUAAUAAUGAUGAACUUUUUUGUGUAAUUAAUUACUCUACCAAAAUAGUCAUGGAGCAGCUUCAGACUUAAUUUGCUAAAAUUAUUUCAUUGUCAUUUAAUACUUCAAUACUUACAAUAUUCUGCUUUUGUAUAUUCACGAUAAAAUUUUGAAAUAUACUGUAUAUAAUGUAUUAUCCUACUCUGAAAAUUGUCUCCAUAUGCAAAAUAUUAAAGUAAUCUGCACAAACUG